GCGGAAGUGAGUACGGCAAAACGGAAGUGGGAGACUCAGCAUCUGAAAGGGCUGAGAGCGGAAGAGGAGAAAACGCUUCUGCAAGGGAAGGAGGAAGAACUUUUCACUUACACUCGAGAAGACGCCUAUAACAAAGAGUAUUUUUAUGAAGGACCAGAUGGACAAACUGAAAUCAUGCCACUUUGGACUCCGCCCACCCCACCACAGGAUGACAAUGAUAUUUACAUUGACUCGGUCAUGUGUCUGAUGUACGAGCCGGUCCCCAUCCCAGAGUCCAAGCUGCCUCCCGUGUACGUCCGGAAGGAGCGCAAGAGGCACAAGACCGAUCCUUCCACCGCAGGAAGGAAGAAGAAGCAGCGUCACGGAGAAAUCGUCGUUCCUCCUCGCUCCCUCUUUGACCGCGCCACUCCGGGAAUGCUGAAAGUGCGCCGGGAAGGCAAGGAGCAAAAGAAGAACAUCCUGCUCAAACAGCAGACCCCGUUUGCCAAGCCCUUGCCCACCCUUGCGAAGCCGGCGGCGGAAUCCGGCCAGGACAACCCCGAGUGGCUGAUCAGCGAAGACUGGGCGCUCCUCCAG